UGAAGCUUUUGUUAUGUACUUAUUGUAAGCCUGCUUGCCUUGAGUCAUGUGAUCAUUUUCUCCCAUUUUAUGUUUCCACAGCUGUGUUGAUCCGCAGUGUCACCAUGGCCACUGUUCAGCUGCUGAACUCCCCAUCCCAGUGUGUGGAUGAUGCACUGGAGGGCCUGCUGGCCACCCAGCCAGGCCUUGCGUGGCUCCGCGGCCACCGUGUCAUCGUGCGCCGUGACCUGGCGCGGUGGCGAGCCGGCUGCGCGCACCCACACCGCUUCUCGGUGGUGUCCGGCGGCGGAUCGGGCCACGAGCCCGCGCACGCCGGUCUGGUGGGACCCGGCCUGCUGACGGCCGCCGUCUGCGGGGAUGUGUUCGCCUCACCGCCCGUGUCCGCCAUCCUGGCGACUCUGCGCGCCGUGGCGGCCCCUGCCGGAGUGUUGCUCAUCGUCAUGAACUACACCGGCGAUCGGCUCAACUUUGGACUGGCGGCGGAGCGGGCGCGCGCAGAGGGCGUGCCGGUGGAGAUGGUGGUGGUGGGUGAGGACAGCGCGCUCACCGGACGCGACCGCUCGGCCGGACGGCGCGGCCUGGCCGGCACCAUCUUCAUCGAGAAACUGGCCGGCGCGUGUGCCGAGGAGGGCCGCCGGCCGCUGGCGGAGGUGGCCGCGCUGCUGCGCGCGGUGGUUCACCAGGUGGCCACCAUCUCCGUCAGUCUGUCUGCGUGUGUGAAGCCGGGCGUCGGGCCGUCGUUUGACCUUCCGUCUGGCUCCAUGGAGAUCGGUGUGGGGAUCCACGGGGAGGCGGGCGUGGGCCGCGUGCCGGCCGUCACCGCCGACCGCGCCGUCGCCAUGAUGCUGGAUCACCUGACCAGCGCAGAGUCCCCGGUCUCUCUCCGGCUCUCCGGCAAGGUAGCGCUGCUGGUCAACAGUCUGGGCGGCCUCUCGGACGUCGAGCUGCGCGUGGUGACGACUGCCGCGGUGACGGAGCUGCGGCGGCGCGGCGUGGAGGUGGUCCGCUGCCGCGCCGGCCGCCUCAUCACCUCCCUGGCUAUGUCCGGUGUGUCGCUGACCGUGCUGAACGUCUGUGACCCGGAACUGGGGGACAGCGUCCCUCCUGUCACCGCUGAGCAGCUGCUCGAGUGGCUGGAUGCGUCCGCCUCGGCGCCUGGGUGGAGGUAUUCUGCCGCUCCCCGAGACUUUCACCAUCUGCCGCGUGUGGUGUUCCCACGAGCGCCGCAGUCGACAGAAGGAGACGGUGGUAGUGCUCAGGACGACUGCGUCGCUCGCCGACUCUCGCGGUGCGUCGAGUUUGCCGCACGUGCGUUGCUGGCCUGCUCCGGCCAGAUGGAGCGUCUGGAGUCGGGUGGUGGGGACUCCAGUGACAGCAGCGCCCUAUACGGCGGUCAGAUGGCAGCUCUGUGCCGCUCCGUGCUGGACGCGCUCCCCGAUCUACCUUUAUCACGACCGAGUGAUCUGCUGUCCUCCCUCAGCGAACUCUGUGAGCGCUCCGCAGGUCUGCCUGGAGAGGAAUACUCGCUGGCGCUGGCGGCCGCAGCAGCCGCCAUCUCCGAGACCCCAGACGACUGGGUGGGGGCGCUGCGGCGCGGUACAGAGGCCCUGAGGAACUGGUCACCGGUACCACCAGGUCAGCGGUGGACUCUGGACGCCCUGCAGCCGGCACUAGACGCCGCUGAGCGGACCGGCACCGCGGAGGCUGCGGCAGAGGCGGCGCAGCUGGCCGCGGAGCAGACGGCCGCUCGGACUGCCUCCGGCCGACCGGCGCCGGCCGCUCAUGCGGUGGGUGUGUGGGUGCGCGCGGUGGCCGAGGCGCUCAAACUGCACUGAGGAACUGCACGGGAGGGGCACGUUUAUGGAAAACAUAAAGAGAAUCAGUAGCAUAGAGAGAAUCAUUAUCAGAAUGGCAUGUG